AUGGAUCUUAGUGCGAUUAGGGAGAAGGAGAGUUGUGGCGGGGAGAGGCAGGAUGGGACGGUGGGGGAGGGGUGUAGUACUUGGAAUGCGUUGAAGGAGGAGGGGGAGUUGGUGGGGAUGGAUGAGGGGGAGGUUGAGUGGGAUAAUGAGGAAGGGGAUUUUGGAGCUGAGGAGGUGAUAAAUGGUGAAGGCGGAGAAGGAGAGAUGCAGGAGCAGGAGCAGCUGCAAGACGUGCAAGACGAAGCAGCCGCAGCUAUCACUGACAAACCUGGAGAGUCAUACGAAGCGUACAAGCCUCCAGCACCAAUCGAACCUAUCGCUGGGCCUGUCGGUGAGAUGACCGGCCCUGGUGAUGGUGCAGUGAAGGCCGUUGCCGCAAACGCAAUUGCGCAGCAAGACACUACUGGAUCUGAGAUGCAACCUAUUGCACAGCAGGACGGUAGCGAAGUCGAGGACAAAUUGGCGCUAAGCUACAAACUCAGCUCCAGCGUUGCAUCGCUAGAAUCGUCAUGGUUAAACUUGGUUGAUCUGGGGUUGUGGUGA